CCGCGCGCACGCCGUCAUCCCCCGCGGUCACCCCUCACCCUGCCUCCGCCAGCGAGCUCCCCACACUCACCCGCCACCGGGUCGGUCCUGUUUCCGCGGUGCACCUUUCCGGUUUGUGGUGAGAUCGCCACCGGCGGACGGCGGCCAUUUCCGGCGAGGAGAUGCUGCGGAGGCGGGCGGCGGCGGGAGCAGGAGCGGGCUGGCGUUGGGUCUGGCGGCGGCUGAGCGCAGGAAAUGUGAAACCGUUAGAAGGAAUUAAAGUCCUAGACCUCACAAGGGUGUUAGCAGGACCAUUUGCUACAAUGAUCUUGGGAGACUUGGGUGCAGAAAUUAUCAAAGUAGAAAGACCAGGUGCUGGCGAUGAAACUAGAGCCUGGGGACCACCAUUUGUGGGAACAGAGAGUAUCUACUUCCUUAGUGUAAAUCGAAAUAAGAAGAGUAUAGCAGUAAAUCUGAAGAAUCCUGAUGGGGUCCGUAUAAUAAAAGACUUGGCAUCUGUUUGCGAUGUAUUGAUUGAAAAUUAUGUUCCUGGGAAACUGGCAGAAAUGGGCCUUGGAUACAAAGACAUAGAAGUGAUUGCCCCACACAUUGUAUACUGUUCAAUUACAGGUUAUGGACAAACUGGCCCAAUGUCCCAGCGUGCCGGUUAUGAUUCAGUAGCCUGUGCUGUGUCUGGCCUUAUGCACAUUACUGGUCCAGAGGAUGGUGACCCGGUUAGACCUGGAGUGGCCAUGACAGACCUAGCUACAGGUUUAUACAGUCAUGGAGCCAUAAUGGCAGGGCUGCUACAGCGACAGAAGACUGGAAGAGGUCUAUAUAUUGACUGCAAUUUGCUUUCAUCCCAGGUUGCGUGCCUAACCCAUGUGGCUGCAAAUUAUCUCAGUGGUGGUAAAGAAGCAAAGCGAUGGGGUACAGCACAUGAAAGCAUUGUUCCUUACCAGGCAUUUAAGACAAAGGACGGAUACCUGGUGGUUGGAACUGGAAAUGAUCAGCAGUUUGCAAUUGUUUGUAAGAUCUUAUCAUUACCUGCUUUAAGUGAAGAACCCAGGUACAAGACAAACAAGCUCCGAGUUCAGAACAGAGGAGAUCUAAUUGAUGUUCUGAGUGCAAGAUUCUCAGAGAAGACAACACAAGAGUGGUUGCAACUGUUUGAAGGUAGUGGGAUACCAUAUGGUCCAAUAAACAGCAUUCAGGAAGCGUUAUCCGAACCUCAGGUUAUACACAAUGACCUCAUUUUAGAAAUGUACCAUCCAACGGCAGGGAACAUAACUGUUCCAGGUCCUGCUGUCAGGUUCAGUGACUUCAAGAUAUCCAGUCCGAAGCCGCCACCUUUGACUGGACAGCACACCAUCGAAGUACUAAAGACUAUGCUGGGUUACAGUGAUAACUUUAUCAAGGAAUUACUUGCGGCCGAGACAGUCACUCAGCAUGAACUAAACUGAAGGCUAAUCUAUACGAGAAAACUGGUUUUGAGCUUUCUGAGAUCAACCUCUUUCACACUUUAGAUCUUUUACAAUUGCAUACAAUAAAUGAAGCAAGGUAAAUUGAGCUCCAGAUUGUUGUAAGGCUGUUCAGCCGUGUUUUCUGUAAUGUAAUUAGCCGCAGAGUGAUCAAUGAAGAUAUAUAAUAUGUUCCUGGUGUGGACCUUCAAAGCUGGUGCCCUAAAGGCCAUAUAACAUUGGAGCAAAAUUAGGUCUUUUCAGCCCAUCGAGUCUGCUCUGUCAUUCCAUCACAGCUCAAUCCCAUUCUCCUGCCUUCUCCCUGUAACCUUUGACGGCCUGACUAAUCAAGAACAUAUCAACCUCCAUUUUAAAUAUACUCAAUGACUUGGCCUCCACAGCUGUCUGUGGCAAUGAAUUCCACAGGUUCCCCACCCUCUGGCUAAAGAAAUUCCACCUCAUCUCUGUCCUAAGGGGAUGCCUUUCUAUUCUGAGUCUGUCCCUGUGGUAAUAGAUUCACCCACUAUAGGAAACGUCCUCUCCACAUCCACCCUGGAAACAUCCUCUCCAUGUCCACUCUAUCUUGGCCUUUCAAUAUUCCAUAGGUUUCAAUGAAAUUCCCUCAUUCUUCUAAACUCCAACAAGUACAAGCCCAGAAUGAUCAAAUGCUCCUCAUAUGUUAACCCAUUCAUUCACAGGAUCAUUCUUAUGAAUCUCCUCUGGAUCCUCUCCAACGCCAGUACAUCCUUUCUUGGAGAAGGGGCCCAAAAGUGGAUGGAAUUCAAAAUAGUUGUUCAGAAAUCUUUAGACAAAUGCCUUUGUAAAGGUAUAGAAUUGAUGAAUGUUGUGGUGUUUGACUUGUGCAAAUUCAACCACAUUAACUUGAUGGAAAUUGAACUUCUCCAAGCCAGUAACUUUUACUGACAUGUGGGCUAAAAUACAAAAUGUCACUGAUAAUAACUGCAAGGCCACUUUGAACUUGCCAAAGUCCCAGUGCCAAACACUGCUCAUAGAAAGCAUAACCUCACUGCAAAUGUAUAAGAUGAUAAGAGGCAAAGAUUGAGUGGACAAUCAGUGCCUUUCUUUCCUAGGCAGCAAAUCACUGAAAUGAGUGGACAUAUAUUUAUGGUGAUCAGAGAAAUGAGUGGGGGAUGUCAAACGUAGUUGUUUUUAGAGGGCGGUAACUGCAUGGAACACACUGCAAGGGGCGAUAGUAGAGGUAUAUACAUUAGGGCAUUUAGAUAAUCACCUCUUAGAUAAGCAUGUGGAUUAAAGGAAAAUGGAGGGUUAUGUGGGAGGGAAAGGUGAGAUUGCUCUUGGGGUUAGCACAUCAUUCCACCACGGCUGAUUUACUAUCCGCUCAUCCCCAUUCGCCUGCCUUCUCCCCAUAGCCUUUGACACCCCAACUAAUCAAGAAUCUAUCAACCUCCGCUUUAAAUAUACCCAAUGACUCGACCUCCAUAGCCAUCGUGGCAACGAAUUCCACAGGUUCACCACCCUCUUGUGGCCAAAGGACCUGUACUGUCCACUGCUGUGCUGUGUUCUAACACAACAGAACUAAAACUUCAAUGACAAAAUUUCUUCUUUUAUAAUGCAAAUAAAAGCAAUUGGGAAGAGUUUUUAAGAAGCUAAUUUUGUACUUCCUUAAUAUGUUGAAAGUGAGCUGAUAAAAAUGUUAAUAUAUCCCUCACUUCUUACUGGAAUCAAUUAUCUACACUACAGAAUGUAAAUUGUUUAUAUUUCAUAGUUUGGACAAGCCGCAGAUAUUGUCUGAAUAAACAUUUCUAUCUAUUUUAUGUGGCUUUCUUGAUACAAACAUUUCUGACUCAUAUGAAGAACCUUGAAGGAAUGUAAUGUUGAAUGUCCACACUGGAUCAGUUUGCAAAUUUACUCCAUAGUGUCACAACUUUGGCUGUGGCCAUUGAAAUAACUUUAGAAGGAAGGCUCUGGGCACAAGUAAAGCAUUUUUUUUGCAUAGAUGAGUUUGGUGUUGGAAGCUGUCCCAAUAAUAAAUACCAGGUCAUCCACCUAAUUCACUGAAUUAGUUCCGUGGGAUCAGAGGGGUUGGGGAGGAACACACACACAAACCACUGGAGGAACUCAGGAGGUCAGACAGCAUCUAUGGAAAUAAAUAAAGAGUCAACGUUUGGCGAAAGGUUACAGCCCAAAGCAUCAACUCUUUAUUCUUCUCCUUAGAUGCUGCCUGACCUGCUGAGUUCCUUCAGGAUUUUGUGAGCGUUACUCUGGAUCUCUUCUGUGUUUAUGGGUUGAGGAUUGUUAAAGUUCCAGAGUUGUAAUAUUUCUUUCCUCGUAAACCUGGAUUCGCUUGUGGUGCCGAAUCCCCAGCUCAAGGACAAAUACUCAGUGUGAGGAUGGAAAUUAAGUGCAUAAUGCAAGGUUAAAUACACAUUGCAAAGUUUUCAAGAUUCAGGAUUGUUUAAUGUCAUUUCCAGUAUACAGGUGUAAAAGAGAAAGAAAUAAUUGUUACCCUGGAUCUGAUGCAGCACAAUAAGAUCAAGAACAUAAUAAUUAAAAAAACUGUAAAUAGAAAGCAACACGCACAAAAUGCUGGAGGAACUCAGCAGGUCAGGCAGCAUCCAUGGAAAAGAGUAAACAGUAAACGUUUCAGGCCGAGACCCUUCACCGGGACUGGAGAGGAAGGGGGAAGACACCAGAAUAAAAUGAUGGGGGGGAGAGGGGAGGAAGGUAGCUAGAAGAUGGUAGGUGAAGCCAGGUGGGUGGGAAAGGUAAAGGGCUGGAGAAGAAAGAAUCUGAUAGGAGAGGAGAGUGGAUCGUAGGAGAAGGGGAAGGAGGAGGGGACUCGGGGGAGAUGAUAGGCUGCUGAGAAGAGGUAAGAGGCCAGAAAGGGCAAUCAAAGAGGGGAGGGGAAGGGAAUUUUUUUUUUACCAGAAGGUGAAAUCAAUAUUCAUGUCAUCAGGUUGGAGGCUACCCAGAUGGAAUAUAAGGUGUUGCUCCUCCAGCCUGGGGGUGGUUUCAUCUUGGUACAUAUACAUAAGAUAGCUUAUAUGCAUAGAUCAUAGAUUGAUAAAGUGACACCAGGUAUAGUAGUGUCUGUACAUGGGUGACUAACAGGAAAUGAUGAAGCAGUGGUGGUUGGGGGAGUGAAGGUGUGGGUUAGCGGGUGGAGGUGUUGAUCAGCCUUACUGCUUGGGGAAGGUAACUCUUUGUGAGUCUGGUGGUCCUGGCCUGGAUGCCAAGUAGCCUCCUCCCUGGUGUGAGUGGACAAACAGUCCAUGAGCAGGGUGUGUGGGAUCCUUCAUGAUAUUAUUGACCCUUUCCUGGCACCCUUCUGUAUAAACGUCCAUGAUGGUGGGUUUACAAGCGCAUUUGUCUCGAAGUAAUUCCAUAUUUCCUCUUUCCCUUGAAA